AUGGCGUUGAUUCAACGUUAUACGACUGAACUAUCAGUUCGUGCUGCAACAAGUCGUCAAAUUCAUGAUGAUAUACAAUCAGUAGGGCAAGUUCUUAAUGAUGUAGCAGCUGUAAAACGACAAGAUGAAGAUGAAAAACGUUAUUUUCAUUCAUUAAAUAAUCGUCUUGAAGAUUUACUUCAUGAUUUAAAUGGUCUUGAAAUAGCAAAUAAAAAAUUACGUGAUGAUCUUAAUUUAUUAAUAACAAAUUGGGGUAUUGGUGGAGAAAAUCGUGUUCGAUUUUUACAAGAACUUGAUGAAAUAAUACAACGUUUAGGUGAACAAAAUCGUCAUAAAAUAACUUUUCAUGCUCAAGCAAAAAUUUUUGAUGAAGAAACACAAGUAAUUGAUCGUGUUACAGCUGUUUUUAUUGAUGUACUUAAUUUAUAUCGAGACAAAUCUCAAAUACUUUUUGAUUUAACAAAUGAAUUAGAAGAAGAAUUACGUAAAAUUCGUUUCCGUCUUGAUAUAAGUAAUGCUCAAGUUAAAUCUCAUGAUGAUGAUUAUCAAAAAGAAUUAGAAAAAUUUCGUUCAUAUCUAUCUGAAUGGUCACAACUUGCACUAGAUAAACAAAAUUUAUUAAAUGAAAUUCAAUCACUUAAAGAAUGUUAUAAUUUACGUUUAGCUUAUAAUCAAGAAGAAAUCAAUGAAUGGCAACGUUUAUUAAAUCGUAUAUCACAAGAAUCAAAAAAUUAUUAUCGAGAUUAUUUAGAUACAAUUAAACAAAAAAUACAAAUUGAUUAUGAACAAAUGGCCAAAGACCAACAGAUGGAUGUUGAAAUACAAUUAAAAACAAGAUUAAAAGAAAUUCAAGAUAAAAUUGAUAUGGGUUUACCUAUUGAUGAAAAUGCUGAACGACGACGUCGUGAAGAAAUUCAACGUUUUGAAAGUCGUCUUGAUGAGAAUACAAAAGAACAUGAUCGACUACAAAAUGAUUAUCGAAUUUUAGCUGAAGAAAUUCAACAUAAACGACGAAUAUUACAAGAUCUUGAGAAUGAAUUAAGAAAUAAAGCACGAAAACAUGCUGAACAACAUGCUCGUCUCGAACAUGACACUGAUUUAACACGUACAGAAUACUAUACGUUAAAAGAUGAAUUAGAUAAAUUAGCUUAUACGCUUCGAUUUAGCGUUGAAGAAGAAUUAAAGGUUUAUGAAGCAUUAUUAAAUUCAUUACAUAGAAAAAAAGAAGAACAUCCAGCUAUUGAUGAUUCAAAAUAUCGUCAAGCAACAAUAACAACGACAAAACGAUAUUUUGAUACGAUUAGUAGUGGAGGAGAAUCAGCAGGAUUUCCACGAUCACAAUCAGAUAUAUCAGAAACAACACGAAAAUUUAUCCCACAAACAAAUAUUGAUGAUUCAACACAAUAUCGACCAUCACCAUCAUCAUUUUUAGCAGAUACAACAUCAACAACAAAAACAAUAAAACGACAAAGUGAUAAUACAAUUCCAGCUGUUCGAAAAGAUGAAGUAGACAGACCAAGUAAUAAUUGGACUUAUGAAACUGUUUCAUCGGGUACUGCAUCAUCAAUACGUAGUGAAAGUACUGAUCGUGAUCGAUCAACUGAAAGAACAAUUAUUCCGACUCGAACAGAUACUGAUCGAUAUGGUGUACAACAAAGUUUACUUGAUCAAAAUCGUACUACAACAACAACAACACGAACAACACGACGUUUUGGUCAUGGUUCUACUGGACAACAAGCAACAGGCAUUAACAUUAAUCGAAGAGAACAAGAAGUAACUUCUACUAUACCAGAAGUUGAUGAAAAAUUUUUGCAAAGUAGAGUUCAUAUUACACGAAAAUAUAAAGGAAAUAUUCUUAUUAAAUUUGUUGAUGUCAAUGGUCGUUUUGUUGAAAUCGAAAAUACAGGUAAUCAACCACGAGAUUUAACUGGAUGGUAUAUUGAACGAACUGUUGAUGGACGUCGUAUUGAUUAUAAAUUUCCUGUUUAUGAACUUGGUCCACAAACAACUGUUCGCAUUUAUGGAAAUUAUCAUCGACCAUCACCUUCAGGUGAUGAUGAUCAUCAUUUACAACUUAUUGCACCAAAUUUUUAUGAUUGGGGCAAUGGAAGAGAAAUGCAUACAGAAUUAUUUAAUCCUGAAGAUGUUGGUAAAGCAUUAUUUGAACAAACAAUAAAAGAUUAA